AAAGCUAUUUUUUGUGUAAAACACCUCAAAAAGAAGAGAAUAAAAAUAAUCACACGUGCUGUCAGAAAUGCUUCCAACUAUACUCGACGAAGGCGCUGUUGUCACUGAAGAGGAUGAAUUGCGUCGGAAAAUAAUAGAAAAUAUUUGUCUCAAUGAUCAAGUAUUUUUCAAGAGCCAGCAAAUUGACGAUCCGGAACUCACAAGAGACGAGAAAGAGGAAAUUGUGAAGAGUUUGUGGAAUAAGAAGGAUUCUCUCUUCCUUGAUCGCUUCGGGAAGUUCAUUGACCAGGAAAACUUGGUGUAUUUUGAGGAAAAAGGACUUACUGGAGAUGAGGAGUACAUUGUGAGACAGCAGCUGGAGAGACUCAGGAAGUGGCACAAGAAUCGCGGGGUUGAAGUGAGGAAUCGAAGAUAUGCUGCCAUGCAAAAGAUGAUCGCUGAGAAUUCAUCAUACUUCACAGAGACAGAAAUGAUGAAUAGGGAGCCUCUGCUCUAUGACCAGCUGGUGGGACAGUUCCUGACUGAGCAGGAGAAGAGAUCUCGCGACAACAGAGACAGUUCGUCUCUGCUAAAUGUCCUCAUGAAUGGUAUUGAGGACGAUGAAUACAGUGAACGGUUGAAACAGGAGAAGAAUGACCAAGAGGAGGACUCUUCAUCCAGUUCAGAUGCCUCAAACCGCUCCGAUUGCAAUCCCCGAGGUCGUCUUUGGGGUGAAUUUGCAGAGGAUCAGCCAUCUUCCUCCACAAGUCGGCAGAGUCAACGGAAAGCUAUGACGAGCUCCGAAAGAGAUCUGUUACGGCAGGAGUUCAUGGGAAUCAUGUACACGAAUUUCCUCCAAGGAACAGAUAAAGAUUUCGAUUACUCAGCAGUGGACAACAAUCCUGACUAUGAUAACGAUGCCAUUUGCAGUCGAGAUGAGGAGGAAAAGUACUUCGAUGCUGAGGACAGCUCAGAAUCGGGCAAUGCUGGAUAUCAUAAUGUUCAGGAAGCCUCCAGUGAGGAUGAAUUGGACGUAUUUAUGGCUCAUUUGAGUCACCAAACGCCACUCCAGAAACAACUGUAGUUUUGUGUGAGUAAAAAAGUAAUUUAAUAUUUAU